CAUCCACCUUGCCGCCUUCGCAACUACCGCCUCUGCUGCUGCUGCCGUCUCGGCCACCCCACCGUCUCGCGUCCGCCCUCUCUCCCCGCUCGGCGCCGCGGCGCCGCGGGCUCCCUUCCCCUCCUCCGCCCGUGGUCUCCGCCAUGCGCCAGCGCGGUCGCCGCAGGGCCGCGCUCCCUCCGGCCGCUGCCGGCGGCGGCGGCGGCGGGGAGCUCGCUGCCCCCGAUUCCCAGGAGAAGAGAGGUGGUACAGACCUCAAGACACUAGCUACAAGGUUUUGGAAAGUCGCUGCCCCCUACUGGUGGUCAGAGGAUAAAACUCAAGCAAGGCUGAGGCUUGCUGCUGUGUUUGCUCUCACAUUAGGAACCACAGGGAUUAGUGUUGGAUUUAACUUCCUCGGCCGUGACUUCUACAAUGCUCUUGCUGAUAAGGAUCAAGAGAAGUUUACCACACAACUGCUCUACUAUCUGGGUGCCUUUGCUGGAGGAAUUCCGUUCUUUGUCUUGAGAGACUAUGCAAGAGAAACUCUUUCUUUGCGAUGGCGAUCUUGGAUGACAAGUUAUUAUAUGAAGCGUUACUUUAAAAACAGAACUUUUUACAAGAUUCAAUCUCAAUCAAUAAUUGACAAUCCAGACCAAAGGAUAAAUGAUGAUCUCAGCGCAUUCACUGGAACGGCACUUGCAUUCUCUCUCACACUUUUCAAUGCUGCUGUGGACUUGGUAUCAUUCAGCAACAUCCUCUAUGGAAUCUAUCCACCAUUGUUUAUUGUUCUUGUUGUGUACUCUCUUGGGGGUACUGCUAUUAGUGUCUUCCUUGGUAAGAAUUUGGUCAACUUGAAUUUCAUGCAAGAGAAGAAAGAAGCUGAUUUUCGUUACGGACUUGUCCGUGUUAGAGAAAAUGCGGAAUCGAUUGCUUUUUAUGGUGGUGAGGAAAAUGAGUUACAACUUUUAUUGGAUCGGUUCAGGAGGGCUUUUGAGAACCUAAGUGAAUUGCUGAUAGCUUCUCGGAAUCUGGAGUUUUUCACCAAUGGUUAUCGAUAUUUAAUUCAGAUUCUGCCAGCUGCAGUUGUUGCUCCAAUGUACUUCUCAGGGAAAAUUGAGUUUGGAGUAAUAAACCAAUCGGUGUCUGCUUUCAAUCAUAUUCUUAGUGAUUUCUCUCUCAUUGUUUUCCAAUUUCAGUCAAUUAGUGCAUUCUCAGCAGUCAUCGAUCGUCUAGGUGAGUUUGAUGAUCUAUUGGAUGGAAACGAGUCCUCUCAAUCAUCUCAACGUGAUAGCAUUGAUGGGAUCAACAUUGUUUUCAAAAGCAGUGGUCCUUGUGUUCCUAGUUCUAAUGGAUCGCUAACACAGUCUGAUCCAUGCAUGGUUCUGGAAAUUCGUAACUUGACAUUGUUAACACCAAGAAGUGGAAAUGUUCUUAUUACUGGCCUCACUAUGGAACUAAAAGACAAGGACCACCUACUGGUGAUGGGACCUAGUGGAAGCGGGAAGACGUCACUGUUACGUGCUUUGGCUGGCCUCUGGACUAGUGGCACUGGGGAGAUCAUAUACCACGUGAGAGGUUCUACGCAGCUUCAAAAACCAAAUCCAAGUUCUGAUAAACCAUCCAGCAUGAAUUUAAAGGGCGAAGAAGAAUCGUUGCAAAGUUCCAAGCAAAGAAGAGAUAAUGGCAUAUUCUUCGUCCCACAAAGGCCGUAUAUGGUUCUGGGAACACUUCGUCAACAGUUGCUCUAUCCUACGUGGACUGAAGAGGUUCAACACUCACCAGAUAAUGAUGAUAAAAACUCAGCAGAUCCUCUUCCUUUUCUGUCCGAAGUCUCCACAUCAGAUCUGGUCGGUGCCAAAUCCGAGGUGCCCUCGACAGCUGAACUGAUCGAAGUCCUUGAGGACGUCAAGCUGGGUUACAUAUUGCCUCGUUUCAACGGCUUGGACUCUACCCAUGACUGGGCCAGUGUUCUUUCGCUGGGGGAGCAGCAGCGUCUCGCGUUCGCCCGGCUGUUACUUGCUACACCCACUUUGGUCCUGCUGGACGAGUCGACAAGCGCACUCGAUGAAGCAAACGAGGCUCAUCUAUACAGUCAGAUUGAAGCUGCCGGCAUUACCUACGUAAGCAUCGGCCACCGGAAAACACUUCACAAGUUCCACAACAAGGCGCUGUACAUUUCCAUGUCUGAUUCGACGGACACCAAUCCACGCAACUGGGAGCUAAAGCCCGCGGACAAGCUUCCAGCUGAGGAGCCAUCGCAGUUCCCUUCAUGAUAAUCUCAGCAUUUGUACCCCUGGUUGCUGCUUCCUCAUUUUUCGUCCGUUAUUUGGCCCCCAAUCAGAAGUAUGGCUCAACUGUAAUGUACCGCCAUAGUGCUGCAAGCUGAAGUUGGACUGUUUCAGGAUGAUCGUCAAGGUUGCUGCCAUGCAUGCUACGACGACCCGGGCCGCCGGACAUGAUAGCUCUCAUGUGCACUCAGACCUUAGAGAACAGAACAGUAUAGAAUGUACAUAACUCGGAUGCAAGUACUUAUGGUCUUGGUGUUGGUAAUCGUUGAUCUGUACUACGCUCUUA